CCGUUGUUAAAUGCACAUAGGGGGAAAGAGAAACAGAGUGAAAUAGAGCAAAACGAACUACGAGCAAUGGACUCAGAUUUCGGCAUUCCCAGAGAACUCUCAGAUCUGCAAAAACACCGCGCUCUCUACGAACCAGAGCUUCCUCCAUGUCUUCAGGGUACUACAGUCAGGGUAGAAUUUGGCGAUUCAACUACUGCUUCAGAUCCCUCUGGUGCUCACACCAUUAGCAGGUCUUUUCCACACACAUAUGGUCAACCCUUGGCUCACUUUCUAAGGGCAAAUGUCCAAGUCCCUGACGCCCAGAUCAUUACAGAGCAUCCUCCAUUCAGGGUGGGAGUUGUCUUUUGUGGGAGACAAUCACCUGGAGGGCACAAUGUCAUAUGGGGCCUUCAUAGUGCACUUAAAAUUCACAACCCUAAGAGCUCUUUGCUUGGAUUUCUUGGGGGGACUGAAGGUUUAUUUGCACAAAAAACUCUGGAAAUCACUGAUGAUAUUCUUUCUUCAUACAAAAACCAAGGUGGUUAUGAUUUGCUGGGUCGGACAAAGGAUCAGAUAAGAACAACUGAGCAAGUUACUGCCUCGUUAAAUGCAUGCAAAGCUUUGAAAUUAGAUGGCCUUGUAAUUAUUGGAGGUGUUACAUCAAACACUGAUGCUGCUCAGCUUGCUGAAACAUUUGCAGAAGCCAAAUGCCUGACAAAGGUGAUUGGAGUGCCGGUUACUUUGAAUGGAGAUCUUAGAAACCAAUUCGUUGAAACUAAUGUUGGUUUUGAUACAAUAUGUAAGGUCAAUUCCCAGCUCAUCAGCAAUGUCUGCACUGAUGCUCUCUCUGCCGAGAAGUAUUAUUAUUUUAUCCGACUUAUGGGUCGGAAGGCAUCACAUGUUGCCCUGGAGUGUACUCUCCAGUCACAUCCAAAUAUGGUCAUCCUUGGUGAGGAGGUGGCUGCAUCGAAGCUCACUCUUUUUGACCUGACAAGACAAAUUUGCGAUGCAGUUCAAGCGAGGGCUGAGCAAGAGAAGUACCAUGGAGUGAUUCUCCUGCCUGAGGGGCUUAUAGAAAGCAUUCCUGAAGUGUAUGCUCUCUUGCAGGAAAUUCAUGGUUUGCACAGGCAAGGCGUUUCUGUUGAUAACAUUUCUUCACAACUUUCACCUUGGGCAUCUGCCCUGUUUGAAUUCCUGCCACCUUUUAUUAAGAAACAGCUGCUUCUCCAUCCUGAAUCAGAUGACUCUGCACAAUUAUCUCAGAUUGAGACAGAGAAACUUCUAGCACAUUUGGUGGAGGCAGAAAUGAACAAGCGUUUGAAAGAAGGCACAUAUAAGGGGAAGAAAUUCAACGCAAUCUGCCACUUCUUUGGCUAUCAGGCUCGAGGAUCUUUACCAUCAAAAUUUGACUGUGACUAUGCCUAUGUUCUUGGGCACAUUUGUUAUCACAUUCUUGCAGGUGGUUUGAAUGGUUACAUGGCAACUGUAACCAACCUGAAAAAUCCAGUGAACAAGUGGCGAUGCGGUGCUGCUCCAAUUACGGCAAUGAUGACCGUAAAGCAAUGGGCACGUGGUCCGGGGGCUGCUUCAGUCGGAAAACCUGCUGUUAAUCCUGCUUCUAUUGAUUUGAAAGGCAAAGCAUAUGAGUUGCUGAGACAAAAUGCAACAAAAUUUUUAUUGGAUGAUGUCUACAGAAACCCUGGGCCACUUCAAUUUGAUGGUCCAGGUUCUGAUGCCAAGACUGUCACACUGUGUGUUGAAGAUCAAGAUUACAUGGGCCGGAUCAAGAAACUGCAAGAAUAUCUUGAGAAGGUAAGAAGCAUUGUGAAGCCUGGAUGUCCACAGGAUAUCCUAAAGGCAGCUUUGAGUUCCAUGGCUUCGGUGACCGAUGUUCUCUCUGUAAUGUCAGCAUCUUCAUUCAACAGCAUGGCACGCGUCUAAAGUUAUAAAUAACUUGCCCAUUUUCUUCCCGCAAAAUUGGUGCUUGCUCCCCAUUGGUUUUGGAAGGCAAGCACUGUUUGCCCCUUCCCUUUCGUUUUCACUCACAUUUUGUCUUCUCAUUUAGUUUUGUUGUUUUAGGAAAUUAGGAUCUUUUGACUUUGUAUAAAACUUAUUUGCUCUUUGGAAGCUUCUUGAUCUACUUCAUAGGUGUUUGGAACUCUUAGUUAUUUAGU